CUGAGGAUGGUUUUCAUUGGCUCGAUGAUGCAGCUUUGACCUCAGCUGUGGGUCUCCAUGCAAACCCACAUAGAUAAUAAGAUAUUAGCUGUUAGAUUAUCGAGAGGUCACCAUGAAACUAUUUAUUUUUCUGCUUCUCCUGGAAAUACACGGCACGGUGGGACUGACUCGCUCUCUGAGAUAUUUCUACACUUCUUCCUCUGGAGUCUCAAACUUUCCAGAGUUUGUAGCUGUUGGUUUGGUUGAUGAUGUUCAGAUGAUUCACUAUGACAGCAACACAGAGAAAGCAGAGUUUAAGCAGCAGUGGAUGGAGAAAGCUGCAGAAGAUGAUCCANUCUAUUUAUGUAGUUUUUAUUGAAGCUCUUCAACCUAACUCCCUCAUCUGUGGGAAAAUAUCAACUACUUCCUGCCCCUCUUGGUUUCAGGUGUUCACAUUAAUCAGAUGAUGUACGGCUGUGAAUGGGAAGAUGAAACGGCUGAAGUUAACGGCUAUCAUCAGUAUGGCUAUGAUGGAGAAGAUUUCCUAUUAUUUGACCUGAGGACAGAGACAUGGAUCGCUCCAGUAAUGCAGGCUGUAAUCACCAAACACGAGUGGAACAGUGACAGAUCUCUUUCAGGCGAUCUGAGGAACUAUCACACCAAGCUUUGUCCUGAGUGGCUGAAGAAGUACGUGAACUAUGGGAGGAGCUCUCUGAUGAGGACAGAGCUUCCAUCAGUGUCUCUCCUCCAGAAGUCUUCCUCCUCUCCAGUCACCUGCCACGCUACAGGUUUCUAUCCUGACAGAGCCGAGAUGGUUUGGAGGAAAGAUGGAGCGGAGCUUCAUGAAGGUGUGGAUCCUGGAGAGAUCCUCACCAACCAUGAUGGGACCUUCCAGAUGAGUGUUGAUCUGGAUCUUUCAUCAGCCAUACAUGAGGACUGGAGCAGGUACAUCUGUGUGUUUCAGCUCUUUGGUGUGAACGAGGACAUCGUCACCAAACUGGACAAAGCAGCGAUCAGGACCAAUGAGGGUUCUUCAGUCGUCCCUGCUGGUGUUGUUGUCCGGAUUAUGGGCAUCCUGCUCCUCCUGACUGUCUGCUUCUCUGCAGUCUUUAUCUGGAGGAGAAAAUAUAAAGAGCUGUACUGACAAGCACAACAACAUCGCCUAUACUGUGCAGUUUAAGCAAAGUCAAGCAAUGCAGACACAUUACACCACCCUACGUCACUUAGCUUCUAUAAUGGCUGCCAGAGCUGUACUGGGUGUUAUCGAGCAUUUUCCCGAUGGGCUGGGAUCUGGACACUGGAUUACCAUCAACCGUGACUCUCUCCUGUGUGCAGUUCCCUCGUUAUCCCUCAGUGUGUUUAAGCCCCGUGUUUCUGUCUGUCACUGUUGCGUUGUACCAUCAUCCUACACUGUAUGUUCGGUCCAUAAACCUGCCUAAUUUAUUUGUGUCUUUAGUUUAGUUAGCUUUUUCCUUGUUCAGCAAUAAAGCUGUUUUUUAAGUUUA